AGAUUUGAUUUAAAAAAUAACGUAUAUUUGUUUUUGAUCUAUGAUGCUCUCAUAUAGUGCCUUCGAAGAGACAGGUAGUUAAUUUGAAGGCUGUAUUGUAUAAGUUAAUUCCUUUCCUCAAAAUUAUUGUUUGUUAAGAAGAAAGAAAAAACAAUCUUGCUAGGUAGUAAGAGCCAAUUUUCCCAGACAGGAAAUAAAUAAAUAGAAGUGUAAAAAAGCUUUAAAAGGAAUUUACAGUGUGUAACUAUUAGGUUUUAUAAUCAUAAUGGCUUACUUUGCGAAAGACAAUAGCCAAAAUGUUAAAGUUGUGGUCAGAUUAAGGCCUCUAUCUGAUGGAGAAUACAACCGUGAUGCCUUUUUGGUUGUAAAAUGCAGUUCUAAGAAAGAUAUAUCCAUCAAAGAAAAAAAAUAUUCUUUUGAUCAUGUUUUUGGGCCUGAAUGUUCACAGUUGGAUGUAUAUGAAUGUGUUGUUUCUCCUAUGAUUCCAGACAUAAUUUCUGGAUAUAACUGCACUAUAUUUGCUUAUGGGGCAACUGGCACAGGCAAAACUUUUACUAUGACAGGAGGAAAUACAAACAGUAAACAAGAUUGGCGAACAGAUCCUACAGCGGGGAUUAUACCUAGAUCUGCUAUUAAUUUAUUUGAAGAGUUGGAAUUAAUUCAAAAUUCAAAAUAUACAGUUCGUGUUUCCUUUCUUGAAUUAUACAAUGAAGAGGUCAGAGAUUUGCUAACAGAUGAUGAUAGAGUGCCACCUUUGAAUGUUUUCAAUGAUCCUAACAACAAAGGUUCUGUAUGGAUACAAGGUGUGAAAGAGGUGACUGUGUGUCAUAGAAAUGAUAUUUUUGAUUUGCUGGAAAAAGGCAAUUUAAAAAGGAUGUUUGCUCCCACACUGAUGAACCAUAACAGUUCAAGAUCCCAUACAGUUUUUUCAAUGACAGUUAAUAUAAGCGAGAUUUCAAGCAGCGGAAGAGAAAGCAUUAAGUCUGGAAAAUUAAAUCUUGUUGAUUUGGCUGGUAGCGAAAAUAUCGCCAGAAGCGGGGCUAAAGAUAUUAGAGCUAAAGAAUUGUCUAAUAUCAAUAAAUCCCUUCUAACAUUAGGUAGGGUGAUACACGCUUUGUCUGAAUCGAAGAAACCACAACACAUCCCCUACAGGGAUUCCAAGCUGACGCGCAUCUUGCAGGACAGUUUGGGCGGCAGGACGAAGACCUGCGUGAUUGCCACGUUGUCUCCUGCGCACACCGCCUACGACGAGUCGCUCAGCACGUUGGAGUACGCGCACAGAGCGAGGGACAUCAAAAACUGCCCGGAAAUUAACGAGCAAGUCAGCGCAGAGCAAAUCGAAAAAGAUUUAAAUAAAGUCAUGGAAAAGCUCCAAAAAGAGCUGAAUGAUGCAAUAACGCAAAACAAUGGAUUUUAUAUAGACACAGAUGACUACAAUGAAAUGCAGGAGGAAAUAUCACGUGAUAGGUCUGCAAUGAACGAUCUGGACCAGCACAUCGGUCGCUACAAGAAAAAAAUAAACGAUCUGGAACAAGUGAAAAUGUUGAAGUUGAAAGGCAUCGACGAUCUGAAGGAGUCUUUCGAAACCACGAAGAAAAAAGUUGAACUGUACGACAGCCAUAUCAGGAAAAUGGAGGGGGAGAUCGACAAGGAGCGACAUCUGUGCAACCUGUUGGAAACUAAGCAAUCGGAGUUGUGCGAAGAAGCGCAAUCUUUGCUCAAAACGACGAGGGAAAAAGUUCAGUCUGUCGAUGUACUGAGCGUCGAGGCAGUCCAGGGUUACAUAAUAUCCUCAAAAAGCGAAGUGAUAUCUAAAGAAGUAGCGCAAACAACAAAAGAGUACCUGAACCAAAUCUCAACCCACAAUUCCGAGUUAGUAAAAUCCUUGUCGGAAAAGAUGGAAUCCUCCAACAAAACCUACUGCGAUUUUUUGGAGCGUCGCAACAAGUUACUAAAAAUCCACGGUGUAAUUCGCGACUACGACUACAAAGAGCCGAGUGAGGAUAACUCGGCCGUGCUCAGAUUGGCUCCUCUAAUGAAAAACAUGCUUGAAAACAUCGAAGGGUUUGCGGCUAUCUACCGGGAAACUAUGGAAAAUGUUGAGGAAACGCUGGCGAAAAACCACAGCCGAGAAGUCCAGUAUUUUCAGGAAAAGUGCGAGACAAUAUUAUGCAACUUAAAUAAUAAUAAAAAAUCCACAUGUGAGACACUACUGGAAAUAAGCGAAAAAAGGCGCAGAGAAUUCGAUGAAAUUAUUGAAGAUUUAAACACGUUUUCUGGAAUAUUAAACAUCACAAAUGAAAAACAGCUUGGUCCUAAAAGUGACUUACACACGGAAUUCGAGAGGGUUAAACAGAAGGAUUUGAACGAAAUCCGAGGUUUGGUACUUCGUGGUUUUGAUGAUUUAAAAAUCAGGCUGGACAAAAACGACAAUGACGCUGAAAAAAAAGUUGAUGCAUUCUACGAAAUUGCCCAGGAAGUAAACAAAAAAAUAGUCAAGGUUACAAUGGAUCUGAUAAACAACCUUAAUGAAGAUAUAAUAAGUCUCAUAACAAAAAUCAGAAGUGUUUUUGAAAAAAAAUUAACUGAUAUUACGGAUACAUGUAAAAAGUUUAUGGGAAUAAUAAUUACAGCAGCUAAGAAAUUUGAUGCAACUAAUGAGAGUAUUAAACCUCACCUGGCCAAUCUACUGGAAAAGAACGAUAUGCUAACAACCCAACUAAAAAGUGUAGCCGAAGAUUACCCUUCCGUUAUUUCCUCCAACCUAAACAAUUUAAUAAAAUCCCAUGAAAAAAACAUAAAAACAACGGUUGAAAAUUUACAAAAUGAAGAGAUAAGCAAAUUUGAACAAAACAUUUUACCUGUCAGGCAUGCCGGCGAUACGCCGUGUAAAUCUCUAAUGGACCGGGAAAAAUUGCAGAUAUCACCGUUCUUGAAGUCUUUAAAGCGAGAGGACAUCGUUAAGGAAUAUAAGCCAGAUCCCAAUGAUUCAAUAAAUGAUUCAAUCAGUAUUUUGGACAAUUCAUCAACAGAAUAAACAGUUUAUUUAUUAUUUAAUCUAAUAUUCCAAAAAUUAUAUUUGUUUAAAAAUAUAUAUGGGUCAGAAUUUCUCAAACGGGCCACCUGAAUUAGGUCAAAAUUAGUUUUUGAUUGUAGAUACAUUUUUUCGAUAGUAUUUUAC